CGCGCUCGUGACGCAACACAGCUUUCCUGGGCUCAUCGCGGUCCUCCUCCCGUGUGUUGUUCGGAUGAAACGCUUCCCUCCCGCUGCCACACUGAUCCUCUUAUCGACAAGUAAGCUGCCAAGAUGGACGUUGUAAACCAGUUGGUGGCCCAAGGCCAAUUCACGAUACUCAAGCAGCCUUUAGGAUUCAUCAAGGCUCUACAAUGGAUCUUUGCCAUCUUCGCCUUCUCCACAUGUGGCAGUUACUCAGGCAUGUUCAAGAUGAGCGUUGAGUGUAAAAACCGGUCGGAGAGCAACCUGGCCAUCGAGGUAGAAUUUGAGUAUCCGUUCAGGCUCCAUCAGGUGUACUUCGACGCCCCAACCUGCAAGGGGGAACGCCCCGAGCGUCUCUUCCUGGUCGGUGACUACUCCUCCUCAGCUGAGUUCUUCGUCACCAUCGGUGUCUUCUCCUUCCUGUACUCCAUGGCAGCCCUCUCCGUUUACUGCUUCAUGCUGGAGAAAUACCGGGAAAACCAGAAGGGUCCCCAGAUUGACUUUGUGGUCACAGCGGUGUUUACCUUCUUCUGGCUGGUGUCUUCGUGCGCCUGGGCCAAGGGCCUGUCGGACGUCAAGACCGCCACGGACCCCGACAAAGUCAUCCCCCUCAUCACCGCCUGUGAUGAGCUGGAGAACCGCUGCAAAGAAAUCCACGACCCCAAGGUCUCUGGCCUCAACACCUCCGUGGCGUUCGGCUUCAUCAACCUGAUUCUCUGGUCUGGGAACCUGUGGUUCGUGAUCAAGGAGACCGGCUGGUUGGCCGCCUUCGGGGUCACAUACGCUCCGUCCUCCCAGGAGAAGCAGCCCGCCCCCGACUCCUUCGCCCAGGGGGGGGAUUACGCCCAGCAGGACCCCUACGCCGGCUCCCAGGGGGGCUACCAGCCCGACUACGGCCAGCAGAGCUACACCGAGGGCGGAGAGUACAGCCAGGGCUAUGAGCAGCAACCCACUUCCUACUCCAAUCAGAACUGAGGCCAUCCAAUCGGUGUGAAGCUGCAGGAUGGCUGACGUUAGUUGUAAUUUAGGAGUGUGGUUCUCGACCACUGCCUGAACUCCACAGUCCUCUGUGUGUGUGUGUGUGUGUGUGUGUGUGUGUGUGUGUGUGUGUGUGUGUGUGUGUGUGUGUGUGUGUGUGUGUGUGUGUGUGUGUGUGUGUGUGUGUGUGUGUGUGUGUGUGUGUGUGUGUGUAUGUGUCUGUGGGUCAACUAGAGGAGGAGGGGUGAUGUGGACGCCCGGCCGGACCACACUGCAGGGUGGGGGAUGGUGUGUGGGGGUGUGUGUGGAGGGUGGGGGUGGGUUUAUCCUGGGGGGCGGUGGGGGGUGGGAGGGUUUACUGUAACAAGCUGUUUAGUCUCGUAAUGUACGUAACUGUAGAAGACAACCAAGGCUUGUCUGUUUGGUCAUGCGAGAGAAACUUGAACACAAUACCAAAACCUUCACUAAUGAACGGUAAAGAUACAUCUUACUAAAUGGGAGAGUCUUCAAUUGAAUUGAGAAAAUUGUAGUAAUAUUUAACUUGGGAGAAUGUAUUUGUCUGUGCUGUGUAAAUAUAAACAUAACGAUAUAUAUAUACAUAAUUAUUAUUGUUAUUAUUAUACAUACACAGUUGAAUAAUUGUGCACUCCAUAUUAGUUGUUAUACAACAAAUGUAGAGCACAGAGUUAUUCAACUGCAUUUAUUUUGGUUCUGUUUAGGAGCUUACAUAGUUUAACCCUACUGUCCUAUUCAUAUCCAUCACUCCUUAGUCAGGCUAGUUAUUUGGUUAAGAAUAGAUUUAUUUUUUCCGACUUUCUUUUGUAUAUGUUUCAUAUAAUGGAAGGGCGUUCAAGUGGUUGAGGUUGGUGUCAAUGUAAUGGUAAAUGUUUCAACGGAAGUGUUUAGAAAACAUGUUUGCUAUAGCAGUGAGGAAAUAUUAGCUGUGCAUUAUUUUUAUUUUGGUUUUUGAUUUGCUGUUUCGGUUGUCAUCCCGACAUCACUAUCACGACAGGAUUUAACUUUUGUGUUUCACAAAAAAUGUAAAAAACUGGCACAAAAAUAUGAAAUGCAUAUAGUAAUGACAAAUAGUUAGCAUGGUAGCAUCUUUUAUCUGCAUAUACUAUGCUUUUUUUUUCUCCAAAAACCUGCUGUUGUGUUCUAUUAAUGUGAAGAUUGUGUAUCAGGGAAGUUUAACUGUUUAGCAAUGUGUGUGUGUUUUUGCGUGUGUGUGUGCGUUUGUCUGUGUGUGUGUGCGAGCGGGUGUGUAUGUGAGUGUGUGUGUGUGUGUGUGUGUGUGUGUGUGUGUGUGUGUGUGUGUGUGUGUGUGUGUGUGUGUGAGUGUGUGUGUGUGUGUGUGUGUGUGUGUGUGUGUGUGUGUGUGUGUGUGUGUGUGUGUGUGUGUGUGUGUGUGUAUGUGUAUGUGUUUUGUUUGGGUGUAUGUUAUGGCAUCAAGCAAAUGACGUCAAUGAACCGUGUCCAGUUUGAUCGCCUUCAUGUGGUCCAGAUAGUAGUCAGACAGAGUCCUAUAGUUUUUUAACCAUUGUUUCUAUUGCAGCAUAAUCAUGGAACUAAAAUAUUUACAUUAUCAUGUACUGUUGUCUGUGUGAGAACAAAGUAAACGCUAUGGCUUUGAAGGUCAUGCCCAAACCAUCGGAUAUUCUAUAUUCUGAGCUUUCCAACGAUAUAGCAACAUAAAUGAUAAGGCUUCUGCAUUUCCCAAUUCCUCUUCCAUCCCUUCCUUCAAUGAGAGACACGCCCAAGUAAUGCAUGUGUGUUCUACCUUUUACCUACACGGCCCUAAUGAAACAUUGACCUUGUUUAGACCGAUGGAUGCAUUCAAUGUUCAUGCUAUAGUAUCAGUACAGCGGUGGUUGGUUGAGGACAUAGCUUACUGCAUACAGCACAUGCUAAAUUUCACACAAAGCACAGAGUCCAGUGCUGACGGGAACACGCAUUCCCAGGUCAUCACAGAUAUACUGCCAAUUCUCUGUUUGGUGGUUAGAAGAAGAAAAUGUUUGCUAAAUGGUGUGAGGUGUGGCUUAGCAUUGGUACUGUUGCUUCCACAGUAAUACAAAAGAAGAUGUCCGGCUAUAGGCUUUAAUGGUGGGUUUACGUUUUAAAUUUACUUUUGAAAAAGGCCUGGGUUAUUCGGAUGGGUCGGAUGUAGAAGCAACAGCUGUCUUACUUCCGCGAGUUCCCCCUGCCCUCCUCUCUCUCUUUCUCUCUAAUUCUCCCUACUUCUCCCUAUCAGUUUCACUCUAGCUCUGAUACAUAUGCUCAAAUGAAAAUAUACUCUGUUGUUAGUGGUGAAUGAUGUCUUGUGAUACUCUACGCCUUUUAAUAGUGCUGUGUUUAUUGUGUAUGACGUAUUCAUAGUAGUAUUUAUGAUGAUAAGUCUGAGAAAAGAAUAUCCCAAACUCUUGAGAAUUCUACUGUAUUCUUAUUAUAUGGAAUUCGUGUGAAAUAAAAAAAGAAUAAAACUUGAAAUUAUUCUGUU